UUUGGCAGUUCCACCAAUGAUCUACGUGCCCAAUCAGCUAGUCGGCGCUCCAGUGGGCACGGAUGUCACACUGCACUGCCACGUGGAAGCGUAUCCAAGGGCUAUCAGCUACUGGGCUAGAGAUGGCGCUGUGCUGUUAGCCUCCAAAAAGCAUGGUACAGAAUCUGCAGAAAACGGAUAUCGGACGCACAUGAGGAUGACAGUUCGCCGAUUAGCUGAAACAGAUUUCGGCAACUAUCGGUGUGUUGCGAAAAAUGCCUUAGGCGAGGCGGAAGGAUCCAUCAGGUUAUACGGUGAGCAAAUUUAA